AUGUAUUUUGCGAGCCUUCUCAGAGCUUUGGCCGUACUAUCGACCAUCCAGACUACCCUCGGUACGCCCAUCAACGAUCCGGUUAAUGUGCCUCCCGCCUCCUGCAACAACCCUCCCAUAAGACAAGAAUGGCGCCAACUCACCAAUGCCCAAAAGAAAGCCUACACCGACGCCGUACUCUGUCUGACCACCAAACCUGCCAUCUCCGGCCUCCAGGGCACCACCAACCGCUUCGACGACCACCAAGCCGUGCACUCGGCCCAGACCCCAAACAUCCACUGGGUCGGCCACUUCAUCCUCUGGCACCGCUACUUCGUCGCUACCUUUGAGCGCGCUCUCCGCGAAUCCUGUGCCUACACCGGCGCCCAGCCCUACUGGGACUGGUCGCUGGACGCGGAGCCGUCGAACCUGUCUUCCACCCGGCCCUUCGAGACGGCCAUAUUCGACCCCCGCACCGGAUUUGGCGGCAACGGGCCCAAAGUCGAGCCCACGCCCGAGCAAAACCCGCUCAACAUCACGGGCGGCACGGGCGGCGGAUGUGUUCCCUCGGGCCCUUUCGCAGCGCCGAAUUUCUGGGUUAACAUCCCCGCAAGGGAUUGUCUGAGGCGGGAUUUCAUACCGUGGAUCAUGAAUUCGUUCGCGGACCCCGCUUUGGUGGCGAACGUGCUCGCGCAGCCAGACUACACCUCGUUCGCGCGCGCCAUCGAGGGCACGCCCUCCUUCGCUGCGACCAACAUCCACGGGUCUGGCCACUUCGGGGUGGGUGGUGUGCUGGGGCAGCUGGGCAAUGCGGCGAAUAGCCCUGCGGAUCCGCUGUUCUAUCUGCAUCAUGGGAAUCUGGAUCAUGUGCUGUGGAAAUGGCAGCAGCAGGAUCUUGCGAUUAGACUGAAGGAGGUCGGAGGGCCCGUGACGCCGUUUGACUACGGCGGUGUCAACGUGACACUCGACUUCAAAAUCAACAUGGGCACUUUGGCUGGGGAUGCGACUCUGAAAGACCUGCUGGAUACGGAGGGGAAGACGCUAUGCUAUACGUAUGAUGAGUGA